AUGGCUGAAACUCCGAAAAUUGUCAAUUAUUUUUUCGUCACCGGUCUUCCGGAAAAGACCAUCGAGAAAGAGCCGAUCACCCGGUAUACAAAGCCGAAAUUACCGAUCACAGACAUUGUCGUCAUCAAUAGAACUCAGGGUGAAGCUACCCCCAAAGGAUUUGAAUGUUUAGAGUUAACCCCCACUAACUUUCCUGCAAAUCUGAAUCACGGCAGUCUGGUGUCGCCGGAGAUGUACAUUUGUGUCAAGAGAGGGCGUGACAGCCCCCCGGUUAUUGAUAUUGGGGUUUAUUACCAAAGUAGUAAAAAGCAGUUGAGGCCGGGGGUAGAGAUGAUAACGUCGACGCCUUACGGUCGGUCAGCCAAUGUCAACAAUACAGUUGGGGAGAAAAUUUACAUAACAUUCUGUCGGGCUAUAGAAUUAGUGGACUGGGAUACACUGGCUGUGUGUGACAUAUGCAUAAUAUUGCCUUCUAAGGGAGAGGCUGUGCCCCACGCAUUUAGACAGAUCAACAAGCCACUAAAUCUAGGAAUGAUAGGAUCUGAUGUAUAUUUGUGUUACAGAAAGUCUUAUAUUAAAAAUAAAUGCCUGACGUACGAUGCAGGUGAACUACUUUUUCGUUACCCGACUACGGACGACCCUAACUUCCCCCUGCCCCAACAACUACCAAUGUUCUGCCUGCCUCAGGGCGCGGCCAUUGAGAGGUGGGGGGCCAACAGUCGAUAUCCACUUCCUGUUUACUCAACCUUUGUCCUAACUGACCAAUCGGGAUUGAAGUGCUACGGUGCCGCGGUAGUUUUCUAUAAAGAUUUCAAUUCAAAGUAUUUCACCCAAAAGCAGAGGGAGUUUUUCGGCGACGAAAAGAAAAAUACAAGUAGCGUACAUACAAAACACAAACAAACAAACAAACAACAGUCGAUAUGCUUAUUAUCACGUUGGCCGUUUUUUGAUUCCUUCAAGAAGUUUCUACUCUACCUCUAUAGAAUAUCAGUCUCUGGACCACAGGGAAUCCCAAUUGAAAGAUACAUAUCACACUUCAUUGACGAGAUACCGUUUCCAUCUCCUGAGAGGCCUUAUAUAUCUAUACACUUGAGCACAGAAGAGAUAACGAUAAUGCUGCCAGAUGAAUCUCCACUCACGAAAAGUGGGGCAUCGUACUCGAAGUUCCUAUUGAACCUGGGCCCAGAGAACUGCAUCAGCAUCCUACUGUACGUGCUGAUGGAGCACAAAAUCGUCAUACACAGUCUGAGACCCGACCUCCUAACUUGUGUUGCAGAAACCGCCUCUACCAUGAUCUUUCCGUUUCAAUGGCAAUGUCCCUAUGUACCCCUCUGCCCUCUACAACUUUCUGACGUCGUAGAUUCACCCACGCCCUUCAUCAUUGGGUUGGAUUCGAGUUACUUCGACAGCAACAACCAACCGCCAGAUGAUAUUACAUACGUGGACCUCGAUGCUCAAUCGAUCAGUCUAUCUAAAGAAAGAUCAUCUGAUACUCUCAAAUUACUACCUAAGAAACCACUUCGGAGGCUGCGCACAUCCCUGGAGCAGCUAUAUGACGGCCUGAUUAAUGAUCCUUCCUGUCCGAGUACCCCAAGCGAGCUGGACUCUCAUGGCGGUUUCAAUAUUAGGGAUGCUCUCAACCAACAAAAUCAGAGAAAAAUGGACGCUCAGAUACAAGAAUGCUUCCUCCUAUUCAUGGCUGAUAUUAUGAAAGGCUACUCAUCUUACCUGAGGCCCGUUUCUAAUUAUAGCCCUGGUGACGUCAUCAAUAUAUCCGGUCUAUUCGACGUUCAAGGAUUCCUCAAGAGCCACGAUAAGUCCUACGGCAAGUUACUAUCACAACUCAUUAGGACUCAAUACUUCUGUAGAUUCCUCGAGGAGAGGUCUUUGGGCUCUUGUGAAAAUGUGAGCUUGACAUUUUUUGAUGCCUGUCUUGACAAGUUGAAGUCAGACCCUAACGCCGCAUUAAUCGAAGUAGAAGAAAUGUUUCUAAGCGAGAGAACAGCCGUCAUAUCAUUCCUUGAUAACGUGCAAGAGAUACCCAAUGUCUCUUACAGCUACAACAGCUUCUCCGACCUUGACCUCAAACUCUUCUCGAUGACCCUGCACAACGUAAAAUAUCAGAAGACAACAAAGACAAUAAAAAACGACUCUCUAUUUCCGUUCACAGCGUCAGCAGCAACGCCAUCCUCAUUGUUACCAACGACAGCAAAUACAUCGCCAUCGCUAUCGUCAUCAUCCCAGUUUAUGACGUCAUCGUCAACGUCAACGUCAUCGGCGGCAAGAUGUUUAUUGUGGGUAACAUAUAGCAUCUGGUUCACGCUACUGCCGGCGUUCAUUAGAACGAGUACAGCUAAGAAGUUGCUACUGUCGAUAGCUCACAAAUCCAUGGUUGAUUUUUUGAAGAGGGGUGGAAGGCCCCUUGAUGAGGUACUUCCGUACAAAAUAUUCUUCCAACUGUGCGGUAUAUACAACGAGCCUCGCUAUGCAAAUGACGUUUACAACCAGAUGAUAAGUUGCAACAUAAGACUUGAUGUUGCCACCUACGGCUACUACAACUCCGUUAGUGGUGUCGUGUAG